GGUUCAACAACAAGUCCUCAAAUGAAACAGAGAGUUUGUCAGAGCAUCAGAGGAGCUGGAGUCCAGAUGAGUCUCUGUUUCUAACCAAAGAACAAUUCAUUCACGAGUCCGUCAGGUGUUUCUCAACAUAGCAGCAUCUCUGACGAACACUGUGUUUGGAUAUGGCUGCAGCCAGUUGUCUACUGUCUGAGGAUCAGUUUCUGUGCCCCAUCUGUCUGGAUGUGUUCACUGAUCCAGUCACCACAUCAUGUGGACACAACUUCUGCAACAACUGCAUCACUAUACACUGGAAUGUCAACGUCCCACUACAGUGUCCCAUGUGUAAACAGAUCUUUCCCACCAAACCUGAGCUGCACAUCAACACGUUCAUCUCUGAGAUGGUCGCUCAGUUCAGAGAGGAAGCUCAACAGAAAGCCAGCAGCAGCAGCUCACAGCAACAAGCUGCCAAACCAGGAGAAGUUCCCUGUGACGUCUGCACUGGAACCAAACUGAAGGCCCUGAAGUCCUGCCUGGUGUGUCUGGUCUCCUACUGUGAGACUCACCUGGAGCCUCAUCUGACAGCUUCACGUCUGAAAAGACAUCAGCUGAUCGACCCUGUGGAGAACCUGGAAGGCAGGAUGUGUACGAAGCACAAUAAACCUCUGGAGCUGUUCUGUAAGACCGACCAGACAUGUGUCUGCAUGCUCUGCCCUGUUUUAGACCACAAGACACAUGAUGUUGUUCCUCUGAGAGAAGGAUAUGAAGAAAAGAUGGCCGAGCUGGGGGAGACAGAGGCUGAAAUUCAACAGAUGAUCCAGAAGAGACAACAGAAGAUUCAGGAGAUCAAACACUCAGUCGACCUCAGCAAGAAAAAUUCAGAUGGAGAAAUAACAUACAGUGUAAGGAUUUUCACUGAGCUGAAGAAGUUUGUUGAGGAAAGCAUGAAUGAGCUCAUUAAGGAAAUUGAAGAGAAGCAGAAAACCAAACAGAAACAGGCUGAUGACGUAAUCAAAGAGCUGGAACAGGAAAUCUCUGAGCUGACGAAGAGAAGCGCUGAGGUGGAGCAGCUCUCACGCUCUGAAGACCACCUUCACCUCCUCCAAAGUUUCUCAUCCCUGUCAGCCGCCCCACCCACCAAGGACUGGACAGAGGUCAGAGUCCAUCCAUCAUUUUAUGAGGGAACUGUAGAGCGAGCUGCAGCUAAGCUGGUAGAGAUGGUCCGUCUUGGGACCACUAAACUGUUAAAAGCUGAGCUGAAGAGGGUCCAGCAGUCUGCAGUGGAUGUGACUCUUGAUCCUGACACAGCACAUCCUGCUCUCAUCCUGUCUGAUGACAGGAAACAAGUGCAUCAUGGUGAUGUAAAGAGGAAUCUCCCAAACAACCCUGAGAGAUUUUCCAGCUGUAUUUGUGUUUUAGCAAAACAGAGUUUCUCUUCAGGCAAAUUUUACUGUGAGGUUCAAGUUAAAGGAAAAACUAAAUGGACUUUAGGAGUGGCGAGAGAGUCGAUCAACAGGAGAGAGAACAUCACACUGAGCCCUCAGGAAGGUUACUGGACAAUUUCUUUGAGAAAUGGAGAUGAGUACAAAGCUCUGGAUGAGCCUUCAGUCUGUCUCUCUCUGAAUUCUCAGCCUCAGAAGGUGGGGGUGUUUGUGGAUUAUGAGGAGGGUCUGGUUUCCUUUCAUGACGUAGAUGCUGCAGCUCUUAUCUACUCCUUUACUGGCUGCUACUUCACUGAGAAACUUCACCUGUACAUUGGUCCUUGUCCUAAUGACGGUGGUAAAAACUCUGCACCUCUGAUCAUCACUCCUGUCAAUCACACUGAAUUUGAUUUUGCAUGAAAGCCAUCAGUGUGACUAACAAUCCGACAACCUGUGCAGGGGUCCUCAUUAGGUUUUAUUUGAUGAUUUUAAUAUGUAAAUAACUAUUGUAUUUGUUUGGUUUAAGUGAUUUACUCAUACGACCUGUCGUUUGAAAGCUACGUUCCUUGUGGUUUGAUUGAUGUUGACCAUUUCAAGAUACAGCCACCACAGCAGGUAUAAUAAUCACCUCUGUCAGACAAACAACAAACAAACAGUUAUAGCUUACCUUUGAAGUGUUAUCAUAAUCAACAGAUCGAUAAUAAUCCAACAAAAAACAGUCAUUUUGCUCUCCCAAAUGUCUAGACAAUCCAUACCCAGCCAGAUAUUCAGUCCAAACACAUUAUUAUAUCCAGAGAUAUCCUCAAAUUGCUGUUAUAUUUCUCCACAUACUGUCCAUAAUAACUCCAGUUUGCAUGUUAAUAUUGCCAAUAGCUCGUUAUCAAAAUAGUGUCUGAACUCUCACCUUUUGAUUGACACCUCAUCUGAGCCAAUACAAAGUCCCAUGCCAUCACUGUGGCCUCAACAGCCAGCCAAGACCUGUGUUUAACUAAAGGCCCUGCCUUCCUUCUCUAGGUCUCAGAGCCUAUCAACAGCCAGAACUUGGCCCGAUGACUCGUGGGUCUUGUAGUUACUAAUGACACUCCUCACCACCAGAACUGCUUACAGGCAACAUAGACUGUUGUAAAUGUAUCCAACAAAUACGGAUCUUCAUCCGAGGGAGUGGUGUUCCCGGCUCGUAAGAUUCUAAAGCCGAACCCUGUUCUUCUUUCCUAAACCCAACCACGUGAUUUUGUUUUUGAAGGACUUUACUUUCAGUUUGUCAAUGAUAGAAGCACUUAUGGCAAUUUUUACUGUUGGGGAAAAAACUUCAGCGUUUCCUUCUAAAUGAGACCAUGCAUGUACAUGUACUAAAAAUGGAACAAGAACAGCUUUCAGUUUACUUUGGCUAAGCCUUGGAUAGGCAUUGUAGGUGAAUUUAGGUGGAUUUUACAGGAGUAGAGGUCUUAAAUAAGAGAAAAUAUGUGCUGGUAAUGCUCAGUGUAAUUUUUUAUUUUCUUCUGAUUCUUAUUAACUCAGUCAUUGAUUUUUGGUAUUAUAUCAUAUUGAUCUUCAGUUAAUCACACUGUUACUCACUGCUGCAAUACAAAGGUUUCUCCAUGCUGUGUGUUUAACCCUGCAAACCCUGUGGGACCCACUAAUGUGUCUGGAAGUGAGUUGAAAUGUACAAAUGAUGAACACUUAAUAUACUCUCACUGUAUGUGGAGGUGUAGAUCACUGGAUUAUGGGUCCAGGAUUUGCAUUUUACUCAAUAAUGUGUCAAGAUAUGCAAACUGAAUAUUGUGCCUUAGAUUAUUUUACAAUGUGUUUUUCUAAUUUUAAAGAUGUUUACAGGUAAAAUCAGGGCUCAAGAAGUUACAGUAGUCUGAUCACAUCUGAACUUAAUACUGCAAACGCUGUGUGCAAGAGCGCCAAAACAUCACGAAGUAAAGAUGCACAGAAACAAGAAACCAUAAAGGGUGUUGAGGUUUCAAAUCUAUGCAUACAGUACUUUAAAUUGUCUCACCAGUGUACAUUUAAAAAUGCUUGAUUGUGACACAGAUGUAUGACUACAUAUCAUUUUGCAAUCUAAAUUACUCCUGGUUUACUGUUUAUAUUUUCAUUAAAAUGAAAUAA